AUGGCAUCCGAACAAACCGCCCAACCCGACAUCUCAAACUACACCACCUCCCCAACCACCUCCUCCUCCUCCCACAACAACAAGCCAUCCUCCCCCUCCGCCACUACCCCGCGCGCCAUCGUCGAGUCCACGACAAAUAGCUGGAAACCUUCCUUCGAGCGCCGCCAGAGCUGGAACCAGGAGGACCAGAAGCGUGCGCUGCAAAUGAGCCAUAUUGAGGAUGUGAAGACUGGUCCUGGGUUUACUGAGCGUUCGUAA